UGUGCCGGAUCAUUGACGUGUUCAGGUGUGUUUCUGCCGUCAUGGGGAUAGUUUACUCUGAGCCGGCCUGCCAAGCAGCGUAUGAUGGUGAUGUCCGUAAGCUGCACUGCCUCCUGAAAAGUGACCCUGCCCAGCUGAACGUUAAGGAGGCACACACCGGGGACACGCCCCUCAUCGCUGCCUGCCGCCAUGGUCACCUGAAUGUGGUCAAAUACCUGCUGGACAACAAGGCCAAUACCCAGCUGACUAAUAAGAAACAGAGGACGUGUCUCCACUACGUGUCCAGGAGGACAUUCUCCCUGCUGGAUUAUCUGAUGAUCGCCAUCCUGAUGCCCAUCCUGCUGCUCGGAUACUUCAUCCUGCUGGAAAAACAGAGGCAGAAUGUGGCUCUGAUGGAGACUGUGCUGAGCACCAACAUCAGCAUCGAUGCCGUCGACUACAAGGGGAACACGGCUCUUCAUUACACCUGUCAAAAUAAAAGUCAUUGCCUUGUUCCUCUGCUGCUGAAACGAAACGCCAGAACCAACAUCAAGAAUGACGAUGGAGAAACCCCACUGGACAUCGCCACAAGACUGAAGUUCAACAAGAUCAUCAACAUGCUGAGGAAGACCAGCUGAAGCUCAGACCAGAGUCCUCCUGAAGUUCACACAUUGCAACAACCAUGAAAACCCAGACCACAAAAGGUGAUUGGACCAUCAGCGCUACUGUCACCUGAAGCCACUUCAGUAUCAAUUUGUUGGGAUGACUGACUCGCCAAGCUGCAACUGGCAGUCUGACACCAUAUUUUCACAGUAAAAGUCAUUAUCCCCACUAAGACUUUCAAACUAAGAGUUGUGUCAAUAAAGAGAGAAAUGGAAACAAA